ACAAGCAAAAAAGUUUAAAAGUAUCAAAAAUGGCGACUGCUGUUGUAGCUCAACCUCAAGCUUUACCGGAAAAUCCUAGAGAUAAAGCUCUUCAGGAUUACACGAAAAAAAUAUUGGAGCAUAAAGAGAUAGAAGCUCGUUUAAAAGAAAUGAGAGAGCAGCUUAAGGAAUUUAACAAAUUAUAUGAGAAAUCUGAAAAUGAUCUGAAAGCUCUUCAAAGUGUUGGCCAGAUUGUUGGUGAAGUCUUAAAACAGCUGACAGAAGAAAAAUUUAUUGUAAAAGCUACUAAUGGCCCUCGGUAUGUUGUUGGAUGCAGGAGGCAAUUGGAUAAAACAAAACUAAAAUCUGGCACUCGUGUUGCUUUGGAUAUGACAACGUUAACAAUUAUGAGAUACCUUCCAAGAGAAGUUGAUCCUCUUGUAUAUAAUAUGUCACAUGAAGACCCAGGAGAUAUAACUUAUUCAAUGAUUGGAGGGCUUGGGGAGCAAAUUAGAGAACUUAGAGAAGUUAUAGAACUACCUCUGUUGAAUCCUGAACUCUUUCAACGUGUUGGUAUAACACCUCCUAAGGGAUGCCUACUUUAUGGUCCUCCAGGAACUGGAAAAACUCUCUUGGCAAGAGCAGUUGCAAGUCAAAUUGAAGCUAAUUUCUUAAAAGUUGUAUCAAGUGCUAUUGUCGAUAAGUAUAUUGGAGAAAGUGCACGCUUGAUUCGUGAAAUGUUCAAUUAUGCUAGAGAUCACCAACCUUGUGUAAUAUUUAUGGAUGAAAUUGAUGCUAUAGGUGGCAGAAGGUUUUCUGAAGGCACUUCAGCUGAUCGAGAGAUUCAAAGGACUCUCAUGGAGUUGUUGAAUCAAAUGGACGGAUUUGAUUCUCUUGGACAAGUCAAGAUUAUAAUGGCAACUAACAGGCCAGAUACAUUAGAUCCAGCUUUACUUCGACCUGGUCGCCUAGAUCGAAAAAUUGAGAUUCCUCUUCCUAAUGAACAAGCAAGACUUGAAAUUUGCAAGAUUCAUGCAGCUCCUAUUACAAAGCAUGGGGAAAUCGAUUGGGAAGCCGUUGUGAAACUUUCGGAUGGCUUUAAUGGAGCUGAUUUAAGGAAUGUUUGCACUGAAGCAGGUAUGUUUGCAAUUAGAGCUGAACGAGAGUUUGUGGUGGAAGAAGAUUUUAUGAAGGCUGUAAGAAAAGUUGCUGAUAAUAAGAAAUUAGAAUCGAAAUUGGACUAUAAACCUGUGUAAUUUUAAAGUCAAAAAUAUUUCAUACAAUAAAAGUUAGACAAA